UCCAUUGCAGAAAGCAGAGACAGUUUUUGUUAUUUCAUUUUUCCCCUUUUUUUAUUUCUCCUUCAAUUAAUUAUAUUUCUUCAUAGAAACAAAUAUCCCGAAAAAAAAAAAAAACUUCCUGAGUCUUUGCUUAACGUUACAGCUGCAAGCCAGAAUGUCUUGAAGUGCUGCAAAGAAGUGCCUCAAAUCAUCCAAUGAAUUCCAGUUUGAGCAGAGACUUUUAGUCUUACUGAUCCAGGAGAGAAAAGGAAAUAAGAAAGGAGCAAAAGGCAAAAAGGAGAGCUGGAAAGGAAUAAUGGUUCUUCCCUUGUGAGUCCAUCUUCAACAAGACAAGGAGACAAGGAAGAGAGGACAGGCACUCAUACAGCAUUAAGGCAAAGGGAACAGCGACUCAGUGUACAUGUGUAUGUAUGUACUGGGAGAAACAAAAUCCAGACCAGGAAGAGAGAGAGGGAUUCUGAACCAGGAAGAAGACAAUCUGAGGAAAUUCCACAGCAGCUUGCUACAUCUCAUUGGUCCAUCCUUAUUUUGUCCUGGUGACGGCACAUAGAUACCUGCGGUUCCGAAAUGAUGAUGUACUUUUGGGGUAAUCAGGAAGCAGCAGCCCCUCCAGAAGCAAUGGCACAGCCGUACCCCCCAGCCCAGUACCCACCACCACCACAGAAUGGAAUUCCCGCAGAGUUUGCCCCACCACAUCCUCACGCCACACAGGACUACUCGGGGCAGAGCACAGUAGCAGAGCACGCAAUGACGAUUUACACACCUACCCAGACGCAUUCAGAACAGGCAGGCACAGACGCUGGCACACAGUCGAUCUCUGGCACAGCAACAGUACCUCAGACAGAUGAGGUUGCACAAACAGAUGGCUCUCAACAGCUGCAUUCUUCAGAGAACUCAGAAAAACAACAGCCCAAGAGGUUACAUGUCUCCAAUAUCCCUUUUCGUUUCCGGGACCCUGAUCUACGUCAGAUGUUCGGGCAAUUUGGGAAGAUCUUAGAUGUUGAAAUCAUUUUUAAUGAACGGGGGUCUAAGGGCUUUGGGUUCGUAACCUUUGAAACAAGCGCUGAUGCUGACCGAGCUCGAGAGAAACUAAAUGGUACAAUUGUAGAAGGACGGAAAAUAGAGGUUAAUAAUGCCACAGCGAGGGUAAUGACUAACAAAAAGGCAGCAAAUCCAUACACAAAUGGCUGGAAGUUGAAUCCUGUUGUUGGAGCUGUCUAUGGUCCUGAAUUUUAUGCAGUAACAGGUUUCCCUUAUCCAGCAACGACGGCUACAGUGGCAUAUAGAGGAACACACCUGCGAGGAAGAGGGCGUGCUGUGUACAACACCUUCCGUGCUGCUCCACCACCUCCCCCCAUUCCUACCUAUGGAGCGGUUGUUUACCAAGAUGGAUUUUAUGGCACGGAGAUUUAUGCCCUGCCUCCGUCUGUUUUACAGGGUGGUUACACAGCAUACAGGUAUGCCCAGCCUGCAGCUGCAGCUGCAGCAGCUGCAUACAGUGACAGUUAUGGCAGAGUAUAUGCCACAGCUGAUCCCUACCACCACACGAUUGGACCUGCCACCACGUACAGUGUUGGCACUAUGGCUAGCGUUUACAGAGGAGGGUACAGUCGCUUCACUCCCUACUAGCAAGAGAAACUCAAUGAAAAAUUAUAACACACUGACUGCUUUAAAAUAUUGUAAUGAAAAAAAAAAAAAAAAGAUCACAGGAAAACAAUACCACCUGGGUCAGGACCACACAGUACUGAUCCUCUGUCUACAGCAAACAAUUUUUUACCUCAGAGCGUUUUCUUUUUUUUUUAAUUCUGUUUCUGUAUUCAGUCUCACAUUUUGAUUUUUUUCUUAAAUUCAAUUAAAACAACUGAGACAGUCCAACCAUGAAAGUAACACAGAAGAAUGCUGGGUAGAAUCCUACAUAAGGAGCAUGCUAAUAAAGCUGCAUGCCAUUGGUCAAGGCAGCUAGUGUUGCUAGAAUGGAGCUCACCCAAUAUACAUAUAGCUGGUGCUGGACAUAACUCAUAAAGCUGGUUUGCUAGACUUUGUUAUUUUUGCUGCAGUUAUGUAAUGGGCUGAGAAGAGAACUUUGAAAAAAUAAAUAAGUAAUACAAAAUUUAUGAGAUCAUUUUUGUAGAGUCUGAACCACCAACUCCUGGAUGACUUUCUAAUCCUAACCCUUAGCAAAUUGUUACAGCAAUACAUAUGGAUACAGAUGUAAAAACAUUAUAUUUCCAUGCAACACAGUCCAGCAUCAUGCUAGUCGAUUGUCAGUUUCCAAUAUGUUUGGAAAAUUAUAGCUGCAGCUUUUAUUGUUAACUUUGUUUAGUAAAGUUUGUUCAUUCCUACCUUGGCAGAAUCCUGCGUUCUGAGUGGCUGAACGGUAUCGCUUGGUUGAACUGCAGCUAAACUUAUUCAGGAUACCCUACAGAGAAUGGACUUCUGCAAGCUGGCUGGUAGAAAUGACCAAGGAAGAGAGAUGACUACAGACUGCAAACAUAAAUAGAAAAAAAAGGAAAGCUCAUCUCUUGUCUAUUUGUUACCUCUCUUCAUAAACAUUUUGCAUCUGAAAAUCUUGCUGCAUUUAGUCGACAUGGAUGUAAAUAUGACACCUCAAUUCCUCAUAUGUGAAUUCUGUAUUCUGGGGAAUUUCUACAAGAAGACAGACUUGUUUUGUGUCAGACCUGAUAAUACUGUUUUUCAGGAGAAUCUCCUAUUACCAACUAUGCAUGUUCAGAAUGAUCUCUGGUCUCAUCUUUUGGCAGCACUUUCUUGGGGGAAAAUGUUGUUUAUAAUAAGACUGAGGGGGCUUAACAAAGAACCAUUUACCAUUACAUCAUGAAAUAAUUUCCUAAACAUAUUGUAGUAGUCAUUUUAAGCUGUGCCAGGUGUCUUAAUUACAAUAUUGUUCAUUGGCAUACUGUCUUACCUUGUCACCACCAUCAUUAUCUGCUUAGCUAGGAACAAGAAAAAGGAACUGAGCUUCAUUUGUUGGGCUGGAUUCUUCUAACCCCCCCCCCAAAAGUGUUGCACUUGAUUGAAUUAAAGAAAAAGCUUCCUAAUAUAAUGUGCUAUUUGCUGGAGUGGACUCAUAAAAUGAGAUUUCUCCAGAAAGAAAGAAAGAAAAAAAAUGUUUUCUUUGGUUGACCCUCAGUUCCAUAACUGCAGCAGGAUCUCCUCAAGAACCUCAAGUAUCUCCAGAAAAGACAGAAUGCAGUCUCAGAGUGGCAGAUUACAAUACCGAGCCCAUGACGUGCAAAAGAAAUCUGUUCUUUGAUUCUAUUGAAGAACAUUUGGAAGAAAAUUCUGCUACAGAAAAGAAUGCUGAUGUACAGAAACAGAAGGGUUGUCAAAAUGACAAGAGUAUUUAUAAUGCUUACAGUGAGGUAAUAUCAUAUAAACAAGAAAGUAGAAUGGCAGGAAAAGUUAGCUAUUAUGUGGGUUUUGAAAAAGCAUGAAAAAUAAGACAGCAGUUUGGUACAGCUGUGCUCCUCUAUGGAGCACCAUUUGGUCCAGCUGUUAAUCAAUUUCCUUGAGAUGCUUGGUUGGUAUAACAUGUCAGUUUCAUAUAGCAUCUGCCUCUGAAGUCACAAUUCAUAGCACCUAAUAUAUUGCUGUCACUCAGAUGUUUCCUUUAUGUCCAAAGUAGCAUUCAUCUGCAUUUUGGCAGUAUAUCUUCUUGCCUUCUUGUUACCCUAGACAAAUUGUUAUAUGUGGCAGUGUAGGUCUGUCAUGACAUUCACACCUCAAACUCAGAAGGCACGUGGUGGUUUCAGUACCACACUUGCAAGGUGGCAUCACACCUAAUUGCUCGUUGCUAGCAUAAGUUACACCUACACCAAAGGGUGUACAGAAUUUUGUGGAUGUUAUAUGGCUUUCUGAAGCUGGAUUCCUUUAGGUGUUAUUUUCACUGAAGGUGACAUAUGUCUGAGAAACAUCUAGAAUUCUCCUCUUAAUUUAAAGAUCAUUGGCAGCCUGAUAAUUUACUUUUACUUUUACUUUUGGGUGCAUUUUACUGAAUCAUGUGUUGCAUACCUCUACUUCUUAACAGGACCAUACAUCCUGUUUUGUGCUUUCCCCAUAAAGAUGUCUCUAUAGUCAAUAAACAGUCCCCAUGUUGCUAACUUGAAUUCUAAUCAACAUCCCCUGUCAAAAUACUUUGAAUUAUUUCACUUAAUUUACAAGUUAUGGUUUAGUUGUUGAUAAUAUGUCCAAGAGCGGUUAAGAAAACAAUAGUGCUCACAAGCAGUCCAGCCUGUGUUUCAUAGAAAUUCUGAGUUUCCUUUUCUCCUUAUUUGUUACUGGAGAUGUUUUAUAUGAAACAUGGUAUUUGCUUUUGAACAUGUAUUUUUCCUGUUUUGUGAGAUUAGAAAAUAUAGCUGAGAUAUCACAGUUGCUUUUCUCUUAACAGAAUAUGAUGUCACUGUGGUGAGUGAAGACCUAAGAAAGGACUAAAUUACAAAGCUAAAUUAGCUAAAAAUUAAUUAUGAGUUACAAAGAUGGCAUAUUUGCAUAAAUCGCCUUAAUAGUAAAUAGUGGGAAGAAAAUACAAAUUGUAAAUGGAGUGUAGGUUGAACCACAUCAGAUGAUUGCUUUUUUUUUGUUAAGUCUUCUUUGAGGUAUUAAAACUCCUCAUGUAAACUAAAGAUGAAACAUUAUAUGUAGAGACAGAUGUGAACCUCUGAAAUUUUAUAAACCCUAAUAUUUAGGGAUGAGGUAGCUGAGGAAAACAAUUAGUUCAUCAUAACAUAUAAAUGAAGAGUAGUGCUUCAUUCCUUUAUUAAAGAGCUGAUUUUAAAAUUCUGCCAUUUACCUUUCUAGUCUGCAUGGUCUAAAUAGUACUGUCCUAAAUAUAAGGAAAUAUUCAAAUCCAAGAAUUCAGUGAGUACUUGUUAAUGAUUGAAGAACAAGCUGUGUCACUUUCACUAACAACACAUUAAGCUUUCAUGCCUAUAUCUAUA